UAGAGUCUAUAGUCUACGCUUCUGUAGCCCUACAGGAGAGGACUGUGCGCUCUUCGUCUACCUACACCGCGCACAGCCACAUAAAACAUCUUCUGAAAAGAAGCACUGUGGACUGUUAGGUUACUCGGUAUUGAAAGUUGUAUUUUGUAAUAUGGUAUCCCUACCAGUUCGCCUGGUCCUCUUCAUUGUGUUCAUCAUAUCUUUCUGUGGAACGGAGAAACUGAAACAGCGGGGUCUACGCCAGAGGGAUGCUGAAUAUGUCGAAAGAUGCACUGGGAGGGACACUGACAAGCAGAACUGCACCAGACACCCCACAGACGCCCAGUCCACUCGUGUAAACGUGUACAGCGAAUGCCUACAGGGUCCCGCCGGCACCCCGGGCCGCGAGGGGAACCCGGGUGCGAACGGCAUCCCGGGCACGCCGGGCAUCCCGGGGCGGGAUGGCCUGAAGGGGGAGAAGGGCGAAUGCAUGAGGGAGAUCUUCGAGGAACCUUGGAGGUCGAAUUACAAGCAGUGCGCCUGGAACUCUCUCAACUACGGAAUUGACCUGGGGAAAAUUGCGGAAUGCACCUUCACCAAGCUGCGCUCGGACAGCGCCCUGCGGGUGCUCUUCAGCGGCUCCCUCAGGCUCAAGUGCAAGACGGCCUGCUGCCAGCGCUGGUACUUCACCUUCAACGGGGCCGAGUGCACGGGGCCCCUCCCCAUCGAGUCCAUCAUCUACCUGGACCAGGGCAGCCCCGAGUUCAACUCCACCAUCAACAUCCACCGCACCUCCGCAGUGGAAGGGCUAUGCGAGGGGAUCCAUGCUGGACUGGUGGACGUGGCCAUUUGGGUCGGUACCUGUGCUGACUACCCACGGGGUGAUGCGUCCACGGGCUGGAACUCCGUGUCCAGGGUCAUUAUCGAGGAGCUUCCCAAAUGAGCCUCAGCCCCUCUCCCCCUGCAACUCAGGUGUCCUCCCAUCAGCCAUUUUGACCCAGGCUGUCAAAUCACAACGUUCACCGCUGGCGGAAAUACUGGCCCUCUGUGAACAUCAUCUUGGAAACAAUCUUUAGCAAUCUUGGGUGAUACUUUAGGGCAGAAUUGAAUCUGUACUUUUAAUCUGACCACCUGCUUGGCAAAGGUAGGGCAUUUGUUAGCAUUAGCAUUAUUUUGACAAAAUCUAGGGGCUGUCGGUUCUACCUCGGCUGGAAAACCGCUGUUAGCUCUGCGGCUCUUCAUUCUCGAUUAUUUUACCAAUAUGAUUGAGGAAAUCUUGUUUUAUUUUAGUAUUCUGCAUAAUCAAGGUGUUUAGUUAAAUUAGCUGUUUUUAAUGAAAUUGCUCAGCAUUGUUUGCAUCACUUACGGUUUUUAUACUUGUUUUGCUACGUGUCAUUUGUAAACACUUAACAAUUGUAAACAAUUUAAACACUUGCUUAUGCUUGGGUUUGGCUAUGUUAAUACACGGCUCUAAGGAAUUGUAUGCAAUUGGCUUUUCUUAGACACCUGUUAUGUUGCUACUGAUGGCAAGGCAGCACAUGCUAUUUAAUAGAGGGUCUACUGGGAGUUGAAGUCCAGGCAUCAUAAAGCACCCUGAGCAACUUGUAGUUACUGACUUCACCUCCCAUAACCCUCAACAAGGAAUGCUAUGUGCUACCUCCUGUUGUGCGCAGCCAUUUUGAAAAUAGAAAGCAUUUUGACACGGGAUGUAGCCAGUUGUCUGGAGUCUGGGGAUACACAGAAAGCACAGUAGAACACAAAUAUGUAAUCCUGGCCUUGGUUCCAAGCAGGGCUUUUUCCCAUUCAAUUUUUCUCCAAGCCUGUGGCAGCUUUCCUGAGAUUUGUUCACAACAGCAAUCCAGGAACUGCUCCAACUGGAACAUCAUUUUGUUCCAUCUUGGCGCACAAUGGUAGAUGUUUCACAUAGGGAACCGGGGCCAGUAAUUAAAGUGUGCUUAUGUGCAAUGGCAGCCAUUUUGACCUGUAAUCAAUCAUAUUUACAACUGAGAAUACGGGGACACAGUGCUAUCAACAGGUAAGUCUGCUUUUUUCACUGUGGAAAAUGUCAGUAAGAACAUUCUGUUGCUUUAUUUAAAUGCUUAUGCUGAAUAUCUUGUAUUUUGCAUUCAUUCACAGGCUGUUAUUACACAUCAAAAUCAGUGUGGUUAUGACCCAGGGACCUAUAUAUAGGAAUUGUAAUGUACUGUCAAAACAGAUAUGUUUACGAAUAAUAAUGUUUGUGCACAGCUA